CGCAACCAUUCCGACUUGGAGUCUCGCUGCGAUCCCCUCUGGGAGUGCGUGAGAGCUAAGCGAAUUCGCGCGCGAAAAGUGACGUCUUACGUUCUGUUGUUCUUUUUUUGAAUUUCCCAAAAUGGCUGUCACCAGUGCCAGGAAUAUGUUGAACCUGAAGGAGCGCCAUUUCGAACAUGAAAGCCGGAUUGAAAAAUAUACGUUGGCUGACAACUUGCCGAAACAACUGUCAGAGCUGACCAUCCGGCCAAGACCAACUCCCGCCUAUACCUUACAGAAACUAACGGAAAAGGAUAAGGAAUCUGUAAUUGAAUUUUUGAGAAGGUUCUUCUUCCUCGACGAGCCUCUGAACCAAACAAUACAACUGCUGGAGACUCCUGAAUCUCGCUGCUACGAGCUAGAGGAAUACGCUUCCAGCUCGCUCAUCGAUGGCGCCUCAGUAGCUGCUGUCGACGAGAACGGUGACUACGUAGGAGUUGUUUUAAACGGAGUAGUUAGACGUGAGGAAGUAGACUAUACAGACAAGUCCGACGAAUGUCCCCAUCCGAAGUUCAAGCGGAUCCUCAAACUGCUGGGACACCUGGACCGUGAAGCCAAGAUCUGGGACAAGUUGGACCCCAGCUGCCACACUGUGGUGGAAGUCAGGAUAGCGUCCACACAUACUGGCUGGAGAGGACGAGGACUCAUGAGAGUGCUGUGUGAGGAAACUGAACGUAUGGCAAGAGAGAUCGGCGCAGGCGCCCUCCGCAUGGACACAACGUCCGCCUUCUCCGCGCUGGCUGCUGAAAGACUCAAGUACAAACAAGUCUACGGCCUGUACUACUCAGACCUGCCCUACGCGCCGCACCCAGACCCGCCGCAUCUAGAAGCUAGAGUGUACCUAAAGGAGUUGUUCUAAAAACGCUUAAACCAAAGAUACGAGUAGCUUCAUUUAUCUACACUAAAAGACUCGUUGUUUCACCCGCACAGUUCCCAUUCGUGUGGGAUGUGGGUAUGAAAUAUAGUCUAUACUACUCGCUGAUAAUGUAGCUUUUUUGAUUCUUCACAAGUUGUUGACUAAAAUCUCCUAAAGCCUCCCACCACCCAGACCAGCAGGAUAAAUCACUAUCUUUGGUGUAUGCUAGUUGACAUUUACAAAAUUGAGAUUUUAUGUAACUAAUGUCAUCCGGUGCUUACUGGUGGAUUUCAUACACUAGGUAGAUGUUAUUUUGUCAAUUGAUUUGAUGUUUAUUUUGAUAGAUUAAUAAUAAACACUAAAAUAGUGAAUAGGCCAGCUGGACCAAUUGAGAAAACCUCAAUAGGCCCACCCCAGGACCUCCGUUUUGUAAAUCUACGGUGUAAUAAUAUUCUAUUGAUGAAUUAAUUUUUUAAUUGGUCCAGUAGUUUCACUAUUUGUAGCGAAAUGAUCUAUCCUUUUUUAUUCAGCAGUGCAUAUAUACGUAUAUCCAUGUUUAUAAACAUGGCUAAUACUCAUAUUCUCCAUUCCUCUCUAAAUAAGUAAAAAGCUUAUUCUAGAAGUAGGCGCACUACAAUAGUCGUAGUUGACCCUCUGGAUCGUAGAGUUUUCCAUGAAAAAUGUUGCGGAAAAUUUGGUUUCCAAUGGCAUUUUUUGAAGAGUUGUCUUUAAGGUUCUCUGGCGUGGCAAACCAUUGCUUCGAAGCUAAUUCAAGCUCAAUAAAUUUCAUGAUAUCUCACAAUAAAAAAAACUAUGAUUUAUACUUCAACAUACAGUUUAUAUGACGCCUGACAAAAAUUAAUAGCAGAACCAAAUAUUUGUGAUAUUGAUAUUAGAAAUGCAGCUGAUAUUAUUAAUCUUAAUGAACCUCAAAAUGUAUUUAUUGGUAACGCGCGCGAAAAGAAAUAAAAUAGAUAAUGAAGGUGCCUAAAUAUUAACUAAAUUGUAAAUUAUAACCAACUCCUAAACCCUUUUUGAUUGAUAACUGUGUGAUAGAUAGUAUUAAGUAAUUGUACUCCUAUAAUUUAGUUAUGUAAAAUUGCUAUUCCUACCAAUUUUUCCUAUGAUACCUCUAGUACCUUUAUAUUGUUACCAAUAGUAAACUCAAUUCAGCUGUAGUCUUCAUGUGUUUCUAAAUUUGUAUAUUGUAUCCUAAUGUGUAUAAUAAUUAGUUAGAAAAUAUCAUAAGUAAAAAUAAUAAAAUAAUUUUAAAAAUA